GCGUAGGUUUAGUUUCUGUGUUCCGCGUCGUCCUGUAUCUUGUGUGUCGCCUUAUGUUUUAGUGUAUCGUUUGUUGUUUUCAAAUAACGCGGCCAGUGAACAUUUCGCGAAUGUCCACAAUUGAAUUAGUUACUAGCGCAAAAACGCAGUUUAUUACAGACGAUAAACAGUGCUUUGUUUGAUAUCCUUAUUGGCUGAAACGCACAUAGAAGCAAUUCGCGUGACCUGACUCAUCGCUUAUAGAUCGUAGCUUUAAGAUGCUCUCAACAGUUCCAAGCAAAAUCCAGUGGCAAUAAUUUAGAAUCUCAGGGAAAAUUCGAAUUUAAGUAAUAAGCGUGAAAGGAAACUGCCAAGAACUUGUCAAGAAACUCACAAGCGUUCAAAACGACGACGACAGGACUUUCAGAGGCAACUUAAAUCGCAACUAAAACUAAUAACGCGCAUCAUCCCCAUCAAACAUCUGCCCUCGUCUUGUCUCCCAGAUAGACGCCCGAGUCAAGAAAGCAGCGGCAGCCGAGGAGGGUGCAGAACAUACAUACUAGUCAGAAUCUUAAGGAAAGCUAUUGUCUGUCUUUUCUGACACUGUCUUAGCAUCACAAGGAGAAUGCUAAGUUCCAGGCGUAAGAUUAUCGGACAGAAUUGAUUUUUCGCAUUCGGAUGCUGCAAGUGAGUGGCCACAGCAGCCGCAAGAAAUCGCUUCUGUGAGCUAGUGCGGAUUCGCCGUGAGGUUGUUGAGUGUUUGAAACGCGAGUGGUUGGAGCACAAUUGGAAUUACCGAGAAAUAUGGAACCAGCGCCAAAGAACGCAAAUGGCAGUCAGGAUUCUUGCUACCAAAUCAGCGACGAUGAAAUGGAGGAGAAUGGCCAAGAGAACGAAAACAGCAGCAUCAACGAGGAGUCCGAAAUGAAUAACUCAGGACGGGGAUCGUAUGAGCGAGCCUGGACAACAGAAGCUACGAGAGCGUUGAUUCACAUUCGUGGCCCAAUGGAAGAGCAGUUCAGUCAGGGACGGCACAAACGCACCACUCUCUGGAUAAUGGUCACCAAGCAACUCCAAAAGCUGGGCUACAUGUACAGUGCUGCUAAAGUACAAAAGAAAUGGCACAAUAUCCUCAUCACAUACAAUAAAAACAUCAAUAAGAAGUAUCAGUCCGGUUACGUCCAUUGGGAGUUCUUUGAAGAAAUGUUCAAGUACCUGCAAGGCAAGAAAGCACAAUACGACCAACCAGCGACGCCGCCCAUCCAACAAGAGGAGGUGAACAACCAUCCACUGCACCACGCUUUCAAGUUUGACGACUCGAUUGAGAUCAAACCGGUGACCGAGACUAAUGGCUACUAUCACCACUCGCCAUACCACAUGAAUCAAUCGCACCAUCAACCCCCACCGGCUCCUCAAGAAUCAAAAAGAAUGCGCUACGAUCCAGAUCAGGACGACCAACCUUCCUUCCAUGGAGAUCUACCUUUGGAAAUAACUCACGAGAAUGGCAGUAUGGACACAGACAAUUCCUGGUGGAAGGACUACUUCGAUCGGAAAUUGCAAGUGGAUCGAGAAAAGGUCCAACUGCAGAGGGAAAUGCACCGUGACCUCAUGAAUUUCAAUAAAAUGACUCUAAUACAGCAGGAGAAAAUCGAAAGGAUAAAAAUAGAUGCGAUCAACAAUCUGACAACAACGCUCCAGAAACUGGUGGAGAACAAGAACAAAAAAUGCUAGGAUUUCCGCUUCGUUCGAGGAUGGACAGCACCAGUAAGCAAAAUGCAAAUAACAAUGUAAAAUUUCCAGACGCCCUGCGUGUAUGUAUGAAUUCUAAAGCCCCGAAUGCCAAAAGCAGGAUCUGGAACUAGCUCAAGGUCUAGCGCCACCAAAUUGAAAGCAAAUCUGUUCCAGACAAUUCAACAGUAUUCACUCGUAACAAUAAGCAUAUCUUUUUUAAAAGCAAAAUUGAAAUUGAAUCAAUGAGAAGAGAACUAAUAUCAACGUUAAAGUACCUAGUUGUAACUAUCGACACAUUCCUUAAUUUAUAAAAUUUAUUUAUGACUGAUUCUAUAUUUAAAGAUAAGUUAUUUCUACCGAGAUUUAAAGGACGAAGAAGAGAUGAGAAGAAACUUUUUAUAGCCUGUAAGACUUUGUUUUUCAUAUUCCUAUAAAUCCUUUUUUGUGAUGAGAGAACUUCAUCGUGUGCGUAGUUUUAAAAUGAA